AUGCUGGUGCUGCUGCAGGAAAGGUCAGUGGAGUGGCUGAAGAACGAGGAGGUGAUAGAUCCGGCCGACGACAGAAACUUCUACAUCACCAUCGACCACAACCUGAUCAUCAAACAGGCGCGGCUCUCGGACACCGCCAACUACACCUGCGUCGCCAAGAACAUCGUGGCCAAGCGCCGCAGCACCACGGCAACCGUCAUUGUCUACGUGAACGGCGGCUGGUCCACGUGGACGGAGUGGACCGUGUGCAACAGUAAGUGCGGCCGCGGGUACCAGAAACGGACCAGGAGCUGCACCAACCCCGCCCCACUGAACGGGGGCGCCAUCUGCGACGGACAGGGCAUUCAGAAGCUGGCCUGCAACCCCAUGUGUCCAGUGGAUGGCCUGUGGACUGAGUGGAGUAAGUGGUCGACCUGUGGGACGGAGUGCACCCACUGGAGACGGAGGGAGUGCAACGCCCCAGCGCCCAAAAACGGGGGCAAGGACUGUGAGGGCCUGGUGCUCCAGUCCAAGAACUGCACCGAUGGGCUGUGUAUGCAGAGUUCCUCAUUUCAGAAGUCCUCAGAGCCAAAAGACACGGGUCAGUUGGGAUCUCCAUUGGCCCCCAGCACUGACGACGUGGCCCUGUACGUGGGGAUCGUCAUCGCCGUCAUCAUGUGUUUAGUGAUCUCCGUUGCCGUGGCGCUGUUCGUUUACAGGAAGAACCACCGCGACUUCGACUCCGACAUUAUGGACUCGUCUGCGCUGAACGGGGGAUUCCAGCCCGUCAGCAUCAAGACGGCCCGCAAAGCGGAUCUCCUGACCGCGCCCCCAGACCUCACCUCCGCCGCCGCCAUGUACCGUGGCCCGGUCUACGCCCUCCACGACGUCAGUGACAAGAUCCCCAUGACCAACUCCCCGCUGCUGGACCCUCUGCCCAACCUGAAGAUCAAGGUCUACAACUCCUCUGGCCUGGUGACCCCGCAGGACGACCUGGGGGGAGAGCUCUCCUCCAAACUCUCCCCCAAGUUACCCCAUAGUCUCCUGGACAGCAGCGACACCAUCAACCGGCGAAACCAGACCCUUAUGCGCACCAGGGACCCCUCCUGCACCGCCGUGGGCUCCUUUAGCUCCCAGGGCGGCCAUCUUAUCGUGCCCAACUCAGGGGUGAGUCUGCUGGUCCCAGCGGGCGCCGUCCCUCAGGGUCGGGUCUAUGAGAUGUAUGUGACUGUUCAGAGGAAGGACAACAUGAGGCCUUCGGUCGAGGAGGGACAGACCGUGCUGAGUCCCGUGGUGAGCUGUGGGCCCCCAGGAGCCCUGCUGACGCGGCCCCUGAUUCUCACCAUGCAUCACUGUGCGGUGUGUGACGGACAACAGGACUGGCUCAUCCAGCUCAAGAACCUGUCCCCACAGAACCAGUGGGAGGAUGUGGUGGUGGUGGGGGAAGAGAACUUCACUACGCCGUGCUACAUCCAGAUGGACGAUGAGGCGUGCCACAUCCUGACGGAGACCCUGGGGACCACGUGCCUGGUGGGGCAGGCCCUCAGCGCCUCCACCACCAAACGCCUCAAACUCGCCAUCUUCGGCCCCGUCACGUGUCCCGCCCUGGAGUACCACAUCCGGGUCUACUGCCUGGACGACAACCAGGACUCCCUGAAGGAAGUUCUACAAAUGGAAAAACAAAUGGGAGGAAAGUUAUUGGACGAACCAAAGACCCUCAACUUCAAAGACAGCACCCACAACCUGAGGUUGUCCAUCCACGACGUCAUCCACACCUCCUGGAAGAGCAAACUGGUGGCCAAGUACCAGGAGCUGUCGUUCCAGCAGGUGUGGACAGGUUCUCAGAGGAACCUUCACUGCUGCUUCACACUUGAGCGCUUCUCUCUCAGCACCGUGGAGCUGAGCUGCAAGGUCUGUGUCCGGCAGGUGGAAGGAGAGGGAGAGAUCUUUCAGCUGGACACCACACUCUCAGAGGAGUCUCAGAGCAUCGACACGUCUCUUCUGGACCCGGCGAGUAACAUCACGGCACUCAUUGGACCGAACGCCUUCCGGAUCCCGGUCUCCAUCCGACAGAAGUUAUGUGGAAGUUUGGACGCUCCGCAGACGAGAGGCAACGAUUGGAGGAUGCUGGCCCACAAACUCAACCUGGACCGAUAUCUGAACUACUUUGCCACGAAGUCCAGUCCCACGGGGGUCAUCCUGGACCUGUGGGAGGCCCAGCACUUCCCCGACGGAAACCUCAGUCGUCUGGCUCAGGUGCUGGAGGAGAUGGGCCGCCAUGACACCCUGGGCCUCUCCAACACGGACCACUGA